AUGUUGACUUUGCUGCGUCUGCAGCAGUUCCUAGUUUCGCAAGAGCUGAACGCAGAAGUGGCGAACUAUCUCUCUUCUGUUUUCGACGAAUGCGGCGGCGAGGGUGUAGUGAAUGCAGCGAAGCCCUUCCUGCCGGAGGGUGCCCUGCAUGCACUCCGCCUUCUGGCAGCACAGGAUCAGAAGUGCAGCGCCACAGCCCCAACCCAUGAGCCGUCCGUGCGCUCAGCGAAACUGAGCAGCACAGGGGAGGGAGCAGAUGCAGACCCCGAGCCCGAUGUUGCAGCCACGAAGGUAUCCAGAUUGAGCAAGAUGGAGAGGCGACAUGCCAAGGCCAAGGCAAAGAGCAAGAACAAGUCGGAGAAGAGGGAGAGCCAGGAGAGUCUGGUGAAUGCUCGGCACCUUGAGGAUGUUGCGGCUUUUGGCACGGCAGAGACAGAGGAUGGCUUGGAUGCCUUCGAUAGCUUUGCUGUUUGCUGGGGCAGAAUAGGCAGGCACCGGCUGAAGAACGCUGAGGCGUCGAGAGACAUCACGCUGCCGUGUGUCCACCUUGGCAUCGUGACUGAUCAAGGCCAGAAGGACCUCGUUUGCGGCUCCUCUCUGAAGAUCAUGCGUGGUCGGCGCUACGGGCUGAUCGGGCGCAACGGCUGUGGUAAGACGACGCUGCUGAGACGCAUUGCCCGCAGACAGCUGCCAGGUCCGCCGGCGCUUCGGUACGGCUAUGUAGCCCAGGAGUUGGUGGGAAGCGAUGAAACCGUCUUGGAAACUGCAUGCAUGGGCGAUGCGGAGUACAAGGCACUCGUGCAUGAGCGAAAUCGAUUGGAGAAGUGCCUGGAGGCUCGGAGCUCCGAUCCGGAGCUGGCGGAGACAUUCCUAGAAGUGGUGCAGCGAUUGGAUGAAAUCGAGCAGUCCUUCGGCCACUCAGGUUUGGAAGGCCAUGCCCGGCUGGUGCUUCUGGGCUUACAGUUUACGGCCGAGAUGCUGGAUCUCCCCACCCGCGCCCUGUCAGGUGGCUGGAAGAUGCGCCUUGCGCUGGCGCAAGCCCUGCUCUCGCGGGCCGACUGCUUGCUGUUGGAUGAGCCGACUAAUCACCUGGACUUGGCAGGAGUGCUUUGGCUGCAAGAGUUCCUCAUGCACAAGCUCGAUCCGACGUGUAUGCUACUGAUGAUUUCGCACGAUCGUGCUUUCUUGGACACGGUGGUGACCGAUAUCGUGGAGAUUCGGCAGAAGCAGAUCCGCCAAGGUCCCGGCAACUACAGCCAGUGGGCCGAGAUGCGGGAGCAGGAGCGCAGUGCUGUCAGUGCAAAGCUGGAGGCCAACGAGCGCGAGCACGAGCGGACCAAGGAGAUGAUCCAGCACAUGCGCCAGAGCGCCUGCAAGAAGGGCAAGGAGGGUGAUGCCAACAAGCUCCGGCAGGCCAAGCAGCGUGAGGUCCAGCUCUAUGGCAAAGUGUCCAGCUCGGGCGAGUCCAAGACAUACGGCCGUUUGGAGCUGGCAGAUUUCAAUGGCAAGACCGUGGACAUCAAGGCGCUUGCAGCUCAGGUCCUUGUUUCUGAAGAGAAGAUGCAGAUCAAGCUGCCAGAGCCUGAGCUGCUCCAGGGAGCCCUCUUGCAGUUGGACGGUGCCUCUUACAUGCGUGAGGGCAACCGCUGCAUCCUGAGCAACGUGAAGCUCUUGCUUGAGCCUCGGAGCCGCGUGGCUGUCGUGGGCAGCAACGGCGCGGGUAAGACCACGCUGCUGCGGUGGCUCGAAGGUCACCAGUGGCCUGAGAACAAGGCCACCCGCCACCCCAAGUUGAAGGUUGCCCAUGUGUCGCAGCACCACCUGGAGUGCUUGGAGGAACACCUUGACAAAGUCUGCCUGGACUGGCUGCGGAAGGAGCUGCCAGCGCCGGAGCCAGGACUUCAAGACCCUUCUGCCCUGUCCAAUGCCUCCCGCGAUGAGCAGCUCUUUGGCUACUUGGCCAAUUUUGGCCUGGGCGGCAAGCUCGCGAAGCAGAAGAUCGGAACCCUGUCGGGUGGCCAGAAGGCUCGCCUGGCCUUUGCUGGGGCUUUGUGGUUCAAGCCGCAUCUGCUGCUUCUGGACGAGCCUACCAAUCAUCUCGAUAUCGAGACGCUGGACUCACUGGCAGCCGCUUUGAAAGUCUUCCCGGGAGCAGUAGUGAUCGUUAGCCACAACCAGGCCUUCCUGAAGGAGGUGUGUACUGAGCUUUGGACCAUUAAAGCGGGCAAGCUUGCCCGCUCCGGCAGAGGCUCAGAGGGCUUUGGGAGCGAGUUUGAGGCUUACAAGGGCAAGGUUCUUCGAAGUUUGGCGUGGUCUGACAGUGGGUAG